CUCGGGCAACCUUCGAUGCGUGAAACCGCUCUCUCAGAGGAGGACACGGCGUGUGGUUCCAGUCAUCUGCGUGGAUGAACACGGUGAUCAUCCAAACACACACACAGGCACACAGACAGGCAGGCAGGCAGGCAAGAGACACCCAAACAGACGUGUCGCGCCCGCAGCGACAGUCAGCCAAAACCUCAGUCGGGUUGUCCACAUCAAUCAAUCCGUCAUGAACCAUUGCAGGCAGGCAGGCAGGCAGGCAGGCAGUACGUCGACACACGUAAUACAUGUCGGAAAAUCAGGUUCGUUCAUGCAGACAGACAAUCCCAGCCAGCAGUACAAUCCAUUCCAAUCAGGCGUCGUACACAGACUGUCAAAUACGGCGCAUCCACACACACAUACGUCCUUCCUUCUGCACAUACAUAGCAUUCACACAGUCCGUACACAUAAAAACAACCCGCUUGGAACGAACAACACGCACACAAAACGCCCACACGCAACCCCUCCCUCCCCCCCUCCCGUCUGAAUGCAUUGCAUGCACGGAACAGGAUGGCACGGAGGCCGCGUGUGUGGCAUAUGUAUGUAUGCCAGCGCAGUGGUCACACAGAGCCUCACGAGGAUGGAUGCACCACCAUGGAUCAUCAAGGCAGCCAGGCAGGCAGGGCGGCAAGGCGGCAGGCAGGCAGGAUUGGAUAGGAUGGGGGGUCAAAGGAAAAGCGUGGCAAAGCAUUCAUUCAGGCAGGGCGACUCAUCCAGGCAGGUAGGCCGUGAAUUCUGUCUCAAUCACGAUGGAUAGAUAGCCAUUCAUUCAAAAAUGCGACCAAGUGUGUGAUAUCCACUCACACAACACAAGUGUGGUGUGGUGCGGUGAGUGUGUCAGUCGGCAUGAGCGAGUGAGUGAGUCCUGGCUUUCCCUCCCUCCCUCCCUCCCUCCGUCUCUCUACCGCAUCACCGCGCGUAUACGGCUGGCCGCUUGGUUCCACACACAGCGCGGCACAGCACAGGUAUGUAUGUGUUAUGGCGUGUCACGGAUCCGUCAAGCGGGCGCUGGCACCGCCGGUAAAAAGCAUGCAAGUGCCGCACACCCGACGGACCGACGGACGGACGGAUGUGCCUGCCUACAUUACGUACUGACUGUACAGCUGCUGUGUGUCACACAUGUGUGCGCAUCUCAUGGAUACGGACGGACGUGAACGGAUCUCUCUCGCUCGGUCGCUCCCCCCCUCCCCUCCUCCCUCCGUCUGUUCCCCCGCCCUCACACCAACACCCCAUUGCCCGACAAACAAAACACGCACAGAUACAUACAUACGCAUAUGAAGAGAGCACCCACCCCCCAUGUGUCAGGCUGGCACCCUGUCUGUCUGGCUAAGUCGCUGUCACUGGUAGAUUCUCGUUCGAAUGAAAGAGCCGGGCGUGAGGACCAGCGUGUUGACCAGAAUGGCCAGCUGCUUGUCGGCCUGCGUGUGAGCCUGCCCCUGGUCGCCGUCGGAGUCGCUGUGCACCGACCCGUGUGUGGGUGAGGUGUGCUCGCUCGAUUUGCUGCUGGUGGUCGACGCCCGCGAGAAGCCGCCGCCGCCCUCCUUGUCCUCCUCCCAGGUCGUACUCGAGGGGCUGCCGAACACAAACGUGAAGCUGCAGCGAGCCUGAGAGCGAAACAAACACACAACAACCAACAGUCAUGAAGAACACGCCACUCGGUUGUGUUGUGUGUCUGUGUAUGCGUCUAGAUGAGAUGUACCUCUGAUAUGUAUUUGUCGUCCGUGAAUAGGAGGUUGCAGUGGCCCGAGUAGGCGGUUGCUCUGCCGAGGUCCGUGAGGUCGCUCUCACUCACAUCAGACGACACCAGAACCUCAACCUGACACACAACACAACAAAAAACCGACACACACCACGUCAACACGACCGACACGCACAUGUACAGGCAGGCAGCUUCGGUCACGUACGUCACCUUGGUCUGGUUGAAUAGUUCUUGGAAUGCCAGCAUGAUGUUGCCAUUUCCCUUGUGCAGGCCAGCCGACGCCGACUUGCCGUCGGGAGGGAUGUUGAGGAUGAGCGAGGACGAGUCGCUGUACAGCUCCGACACGGCCGACGCGUCGCCACUCUCCACGGCACACUUCCACUGCGCAAGCACUGAUGAAAUGCCGUCGCUGCGCUGCAUAUAUACACACCCACACGUACAGCCACACGAAUGAGAGAGAGAGAUUGAUUGACUGGCCUCUCCUCUCGGUCUGUAUCCUCUGACUGACCUGUGCAGGCUUAGGCAGCCGAGUGGUGCUCUUCGCCUCGGGGUCGGACUCCGUGAACGACUCCAUUACCUCGCCCACCAUCACAAAAACGCGGAAAUGAGAUGCCCUCUCAACCAAUGCCUCUUCGCCUGUAUUCCUGUGCUCGGGAAUAGGGCGAGGAAAAAAGUAGGCAAACCUCACAGGAAUUUCGAGCGCG